CCUGUCUAGGUUUUGCUCUCUUGGAUCAUCAUCACGACUACUCUGGAGUCCCGGAGACGUCAAAUGUAGGCUCCCCUGCACGGUAAGGAACCCUAGGGAUCUAGUUCUCCUCGCAUUCUCGUAUGGCGUGGCUCCUAGCGAUCUUCUCCCUCGCCAUCGCUACGAGGCUGCUACCAGCUUCUACAGCUGGUCUAGCGCUCACGCCUCCUCGGGGAUGGAAUUCUUACGAUUCCUUCUCCUGGAUUGUCUCGGAGGAGGAGUUCUUGCAGAAUGCGAAGAUCCUCGCGAAUACUCUCGCUCCUUUCGGCUAUGAAUACGUCGUCAUCGAUUUUCUCUGGUAUCGUAAACAGGAGAAGGGAGCCUCAGUCCAAUCUUCUGGCCAUGAUCUCAUCGAUGAGUGGGGACGACCAGUUCCAGAUCCCAAGCGCUGGCCUUCCACGGCAGGUGGUAAAGGCUUCGCUCCAAUUGCUGACAAAGUACACGCCAUGGGACUCAAGUUUGGAAUCCACGUUAUGAGAGGGAUUACUACGGUUGCUGUGGCUAACAACACACCGAUUCUCGGUGCCAAGGGAUGGAGAGCGAAAGAUAUUGCUCUCACAAGCCAGCCAUGUCCGUGGAUGCAAGAGUGCUUUGUCAGCAUCAACACGACCAGUGCUGGUGGAAAAGCAUUUCUAAAAUCACUUUAUGAUCAAUAUGCUUCCUGGGGAGUCGAUUUCGUGAAACAUGACUGUGUUUUCGGAGCUGACAACAUCGAUCUAGAGGAGAUUCAAGCCGUGUCAGAGGCCAUUACAAACACUGGACGACCAAUCGUAUACUCUUUGUCUCCUGGAGUGCAAGCCACUCCCAGCUUGGCUUCAUCAGUAAGCGGUAUCGUUAACAUGUACCGGAUCACUGGCGACGACUGGGACCGAUGGGGUGAUGUAGCUGCUCAUUUUGACGUUGCAAAGAGUUUUGCUGCUGCUGGUUUGAUUGGAGCACCCGGCUUGGGAGGGGGGAAGUCUUGGCCUGACUUGGACAUGCUUCCGUUAGGCUGGCUCACUGAUGGAGGUGCACCUUAUGGCCCAUAUCGUUCUUGUAGGCUAUCUUUCGAUGAGCAAAAAACACAACUUACGCUCUGGGCAAUGGCAAAAUCUCCCUUGAUGUAUGGUGGUGACCUGCGAAAUAUCGACCAAGCUACUUAUGCCAUGAUCACAAACCCGACUAUUCUAGAAAUAAACACCCACAGUACUGAGAAUACAGAGUAUUACGCUGGAACACUACCGGGCACUGAGGAUGUCCCACUGCUAACUUUGGUUAGCUGCGAUGAAUUGAGCAGUAACACACACUGGACGUUGGAAAAGAAACAAAACGCAAGAAUUUGCUGGAAUGCUUCAAGAACAACAUCAUCUCGAUCAUCGGUGCUCUCGGGGUGUUUCAACUGGACCUCCUUAAGUGAUUCAUCACUCUCUGACACUGAAUCCAAAGGUGCUAUUCGGCUGUGGACCUCCGACUUUGGUGAGCUUUGCAUGGACUCGCAGCCGAACCUUCCAUCUAGCAUUGGAAUGUUUGCAAGCAAGCGUUUCUCGUUUUGCACCAUGGAGAAUAGUCAGGCUUGGCAACUGUUGCCAAAUGGCAAACUAUUGAGCCCAAGCUCUGGGUUUUGCGCGGAGGUUAAGGAAGUGGCACCAAUUCGUAUAUGGCUCGCGCGCGGUUUGAAAGGCCAGUACUACGUUGCAUUUUUUAAUCUCGGCCAAAACUCCACGACUGUGACUUAUAGCUUGGCGGGGCUCCAACAACGUCAACCCGGAUUAAAGCUCGCAACGACGAAAGCUCGAGGAGCACAAGGUCCGGAGGCACCAAAAACCCAACCAGGCCUGGACGCGGACGACUCUACCACCCAAUGCACUGGGGAGGAAGUUUGGAGCAGGACCGAGCUAGAUAAAGUGGAGAGUUUGUCGGCGCUGGUGCCCUCUCACGGCUGUGCAUUGUUUUCUCUCAUCUGUAGCGGCAGUGGGGGAAAAAAUCUGGCUUAGAUCGUGCACAAAAAGAGGGAGAAUGGAACAAUUUGAAAUCCAGCAUAUUCAUGAAUAUUAUGGUUCUAUCCGGUAACGGAAUAUCCUA